AUGGAAGACCAUCCCGGGCCAGAAGAUGGGGAUACUGGUGUAAAGGCUGAUGAUGGGGAAGAAGUGGUGGUUUAUGUUGGUGUGGCAAAGACCUGGGGUAGAGGAACCAUGUUCAUGAAGCAGUUCAAGUCUGACACUUACACUGAGGAGAGGGUGAGCAAUCCAUAUUUUCCAUUCACUGGAAAACCAGACUGGGAGAUGGCAGCAUUCCUUCUUCAGUCAGACUCAGCAUGGCAGACAUUGAUGAGUUCCUCAAGCUUGAAUUUUUUUGAUUUCAUCCCACACAAAGUCUAUGUUGAGGCAGAACAUGCCAUUCGUGUUGACUAUGGUUUCAUGACUGGUGAUCAUGCUUGGGAACCUCAGGAAGAUUUGCCUGAUGGCAUGACCCUACUUGGUGUGGUCCUCUCCUCAGACAAGACCAAGGUCAGCAACCUCGCUGGCAACUGCUAUGCCCAUCCGCUCCUCAUCACUCUCGCCAAUAUCAACCCUGAUGACUGGUUAGGACCACUCUGGAAGUCUGGUCGACACAUUAUUCUAUGUAUCCUACACUUGCAAGAAUCGCUAUGGACAUCUGUGCAAUUCCUGCAUCAUCUGUACCCUAGUAGUCUGUAUUAUCCAAGUCAUGUUCAUUUGCAUAGUCUGAUGUUAGACGUCAAACGAGGCAACUGGCAACUGCAAGAUGUCAAAUUAAGGGAAACCAAGACCAAAAAUUUGGUCUUGAAAAGUUGUGGUACAGUUUGGUCUGCGGUCUUUGACUGGUUGCGCAACUGGACUUUUAAACCCUAUCCAGGCAUACAUCAGGCAAUUGACCACAGUAUGACAAAGACUUAG